GCCUCCAUUAUGGCUUCUUUGCCUUCAGUUGCUGUCAAUGGCAAUCUCAAGCUCGACCAAGAAUUCAGAAAACACCCCACAAGUUUUCUUCCUUCAGAAAGGAGCACAAACGUGUCGUAUCAGAAAAGUCACACAGUCACCACUUUGAAUGGAAGUUCAGAACCCAAGUCUCUGGACUUCCGAGAAGCGCUUUCGAUGAUUAGAGAGGGUGAAAAUGUUGAGUCAACUUACUAUGUCCCUGUUUUGCAACAAUGUAUAGACAAGAAUUCGGCUUCAGAAGCGAAAAUUGUUCAUGCCCAUAUCAUAAAGACCGGAACCCACCAAGAUUUGUUUGUCUCAACGUUCCUUGUCAAUGUUUAUGCAAAAUGUGGAAACAUGGAAAAUGCUCGUAAAGUUUUCGACAAUUUGCCAAAGAGAAACGUUAUUUCGUGGACAAGUUUGAUGACAGGUUAUGUUCACAGUUCGCAGCCAGAAGUUGCCAUUCAUGUUUUCCAAGAAAUGUUGGAAGCUGGGGCUUAUCCUACGAAUUACACUCUAGGAAUUGUUUUAAAUGCUUGUUCUUCUUUGCAAUCCGUUAACUUAGGGAAGCAAUUGCAUGCCUACAGUAUCAAGUACCAGAUUGACUUUGACACUAGUAUCGGCAACUCUCUUUGCAGUUUAUACUCGAAAUGCGGAAGCUUGGAAUCCGCUGUUAAAGCAUUUAAGAAAAUUGAAGAAAAAAAUGUGAUAUCAUGGACUGCAACCAUAUCUGCUUGUGGUGAUAAUGGCAAAGCUGUAAGGGGUUUGAAAUUUUUCACUGAAAUGCUCUCUGAGGGCAUUGAGCCUAAUGAGUACACCCUAACCAGUGUCUUGAGCUUGUGUUGUUUAAUGCUGUCUUUGGAUGUGGGGACGCAGGUUCAUUCGUUAAGCAUUAAACUUGGCUAUGAAUUGAACUUGCCAAUAAGAAACUCUAUCAUGUAUUUGUACCUCAAAUGUGGAUUGAUUAAUGAGGCUCGAGAAUUGUUUAAUGGAAUGGGAGCUAUCAGCUUGGUUACCUGGAAUGCAAUGAUUGCAGGCCAAGCACAAAUUAUGGAUCUUGCAGAGGAUGAUCUCUCAGCAUACCAAAGUGGAACUGAGGCACUUAACAUUUUCUUGAAAUUGAACCGCUCAGGCUUGAAACCGGAUUUAUUCACCUUCUCAAGUAUCUUGACUAUAUGUAGUGGUUUAGUGGCCUUACAACAGGGAGAACAGAUUCAUGCUCAGACCAUUAAAUCUGGGUUUCUUUCAGAUAGGGUAGUAGGAACUGCCUUAGUCAAUAUGUACAAUAAAUGUGGAAGCAUCGAAAAAGCAAGCAAAGCUUUCGUGGAAAUGUCUACCAGAACUUUGAUAUCAUGGACUACUAUGAUCGCAGGUUUUGCACAGCAUGGGAAGACUCAGCAAGCACUGCAGCUCUUUGAAGAUAUGAGAAUUGCAGGAGUUAGACCAAAUCAGGUUACUUUUGUGAGUGUUCUCUCGGCUUGUAGCCAGGCUGGGAUGGUCAAUGAAGCACUUGGUUUCUUUGAGAUGAUGAAAAAGGACUAUAGGAUUAAGCCUGUGUUGGACCAUUUUGCCUGCCUGAUUGAUAUGUACGUGAGGUUGGGUCGGUUAGAAGAAGCCUUUGCUCUUGUCAAGAAAAUGGAUCCUGCACCAAAUGAGUUUAUAUGGUCCAUCUUGGUUGCAGGGUGUAGAAAUCAUGGGAAUUUUGAAUUGGGAUUUUAUGCUGCUGAAAAGUUGCUCGAGCUCAAACCAAAAGAUACUGAGACUUAUGUCUUGUUGUUGAAUAUGUACCUCUCUGCAGGAAGAUGGAAGGAUGUUUCUAAGGUGAGAAAAAUGAUGAAAGAGGAGAAGCUUGGGAAACUAAGGGACUGGAGCUGGAUUAGCAUUAAAGACAAGGUCUUUUCAUUUAAACCCAAUGAUAAAUCUCAUCCUUAUAGUGCAGAUACACACAAAUUCGUAGAAAGUUUGAUUGAUCAAGUCAAGAGCCUUGGAUAUGAGUCACUAGAAAGUUUGGAAGUAAUCGAUGAGGAUGAAGAACAGACAUUGUCUUAUACUGCUUAUCACAGUGAAAGGUUGGCAAUUGCUUUUGGAUUGUUGAACACACCAAAUGCUGCGCCAAUUCGGGUCGUCAAAUGUCUCAUUAUGUGCAGAGAUUGCCACAAUUUUGUGAAGUUUCUAUCAACACUGACUGGUAGGGAAAUAGUCAUUCGAGACAGCAAGCGCCUCCACAAAUUUGUGAACGGAACAUGUUCAUGUGGGGAUUUUGGAGGUCAUCUUUGAUAUCUUUCAUAUGAAAAAGUGGGAAAAAGUCCCGAAUUCUUCAAUCUGUUUAGGUUGAAAAGUUCAUGCUAGUUUGAUCCAUCAUUGGAAUGGGAGGAUCUUCAUAGCACAGUUAAACCUCGCAUAACCCGUUUGGAAUGGGAGCAUCUUCGGGCUAAAACUUGGUGCUUUUGGUGAGUGAAGUCACUUAUAUGGGAGGCUGUAAGAGCCGGCCGUUCAAGUGAUCAUUGAAUAUAGUCACAAUCCCAGUUGGUAGUUGUGAGACA